AUGCAAUUGAUCAGUGUAGAUGUCAGAUACUUUCAAGCAUGUGUGUUUAAGAUAUUUGAAGAUAACAAUUGGGAAGUGAGAUAUCAAGGAUUGGAUCACUUAUUUGGUCUGUUCACCAAAAUGGAUGCUGCAUUUCAAACAGAAUGGCUCAAGUUGCUUUCCAAGCUUGGACCUGUCUUUAGCUAUUUUGUUAGUUGUUUGUGGGAUAAAGAAGAAUACGUUCGUUCUAAAGCAUUUGCUUUAAUUCGCUCCUUUGGUACAUUGCAUCUUCGAUCUGCUUUCCGUUGUUGGGAGGCCUAUUUUUUGACUGCUACUGAUCGGCAAAAGAUGUCGCUUGUGAGUCUGAUGACACAGCUGAAUGCCUUGUUCCCAGACUGGCCGGUUUUACAAUGGGAAUCCUUAUUGGAAGCAUUAGAACUCAAAACACCCGUUGAUGUAUUGGACGAAUAUACCCGUUCAUCUUUAGAUGAUGAAUUUAUGAUUAAGAACAGCACAAAUAGUUCAGAGCAACAUUCUGCAGAAUCAGAAAAUGUUCAGGUGCUCAUGCUCACACUUGCUCUUCAAAUGCUAAGCAACCAUCUCAAUAUUGAACCAACACAACUAUAUCGACUCAAAUUCGUUUUGGUUCAACAAAUGAACUUUCAAGAUUGUCAUUAUUUUAAUGAGGGCGGUGACAUUACUAUCACUUUUGGUCCUUUAAAAUACGAACCAAGUGAUCCUUCUCGUGUGGCUGCCAUGAUUUCCUGUACUCGUGGACUUAAAAAGAUUAUGGACAGUUUUGCACCUUUACCUGCAGAAACAGUCGCUAGUAUUGCAUCUGAUUCUAUUGAACAAAACAAAAUCAACUUGGCUGAAAAUAGUAGUCCUGGUGUCCAUUUCAUUGAUGUUGUGCUGAAAAUGAUGAAUUCUGGAAUAGACUUGACAAAGCUUGGACAUAUGAUGCUAAAAGCAUGGUUAGAAAUUGUUCUAAUUGUAAUAUACAAGCACAAUAUUCUUGAGAGAGAAUACGAACAAAGCGUUGUUACUUGUAUGAAGCAAAUCAUUGAAAUCCUGACAGAAGAAAUCAGUGACGAAAACAAGCUCAUUAUUCUAGAGGUUCUAAAGUGUUUACUGCGCCGUUCUGAUCACUUAACUGCCAUGGUUCUCUCCAAACAAAUCUUGACCUUAGGUAAAUUAAUGACAAAGCUUGGUAAUCGUAAUUUAGAGCCUGUCUAUCUCAAGGCAAAGCAAUUCCUUAAAAGCGCCUUUCUCAGAUUUGCUGUGGCAGGUCUUUUUGUACUCAUGUUUAAAAAUCAAGCUGUUUCUGAUGCAAACAGUGGCGAUGUCGACUUGUUCUUUGUAUUGCGCACAGUCAUUGAUCCUGAUGAUGUGAUCCCUGACGAGGACUUUCGUGGAGAAAUUGUCUAUUUGCGAGACCAACCCGUUCGGGACGUCCUGGAAAAGCUUAUGAAGCAGCAAAUGGAACGUAAAGCCUUCUCAACUGUCUUGUAUAACGUCAGUCGCUAUGUAGAGACAGUACAUACACACCCUUAUUCUGAAAAUAUCUUGCAUGAUUAUGCUGGCUUUCUGAAUGCAUUAAUCAAGCACACAUCUGAAUGGAGAAGAUCAGAUUGGAAUAUCAAUCCAAUCUUUACUAUGUCCGCCAUUUUACUCAAGAAACAUCCUUAUCAUCAUCUGGUUCUAUUACCUCCUACUCAAGCUAUCUUGAAGUAUGGCUUGUCAAAUUGCACUAUUCAAGCUGAUUCUGUUGUCAAGCUGAUUGCUGCCUACUCUACUACUACUAUGUCUAAUAUUCAGCCAGGCUACAGUAAUGCCUUUGCUGGCAUUAUUGUUGAAGAAAUCAAGAACACCUUGUCUUCAAUCACAAGGCCCAACAAAGACACCUUACUUGUUCUUUUACAGAUCGUCUUGUGGGAUACCAAACCUGCUGGUCAAGAAUGGUAUUCUAAAAUAGAAGCAUCUAUUCUUGGGCAACAAGCAAAGCACUCUUCUUAUUUUGAGGACAAACUGUUGGAUCUUCUACCACUCUUUGUUAAUUAUUUAAAAAGAGCAUGCACAAGUCAACAAUUUACUCGCAAGGACUUUAAAGUGUAUAGCUCGAUUGCUCAGUUGAUUGUAUCUAUUGUCUCAAAAGACCCUAAGCUUACAGUAAUCAUUUUUGGUUAUUUAAAGCUUGAAGAAGGCAUAGAAUGCCUUCGUUUCCUCAAUUGGUUUAUAUUGACUCUGUUGAAAGAGCAAGCAGAUGUUUUGUUGGCAGAAAUGAUUGGCUAUGAAACUGUAUUGACAGAGCUCUUUGUCAGAACUUUCAACACAGCUGAGGUUGACUUCCAUGUACCUGACCUCAACUUUUCAUUUAGUCCCUCAAGCGAAAAACUAUUACUUUGCUUUCUUCUUCUCAAGGCAUAUGUUCUUUUAAAGCUUAGAAAUCGAGUUGUAAGCACAGACAAGCCUCAUUCAAUAGAUUCUCCCACUUUUUGGAUGGCCGUCUGGCCAGCAUUGCGUCGACUAUUAGACAUGAUUGAAACCUCUUCUUUGUUUAUGGUUCGAAAUGAAAGCCAGCAAAUGCAUCAAGAUACUGCAGGCAUGGAACAUCUUGUUGCUUUAGACGAGUUUCAAAAAAGAGUGCAAAAGUUCAAAGAUAUGUUUGAUAUUCCACCUGUUCAAGUACCAUUUACGACUAUGAUUGAUCAAUUGUUCUUGGAAUUAAGAGAUGUUAUGCGAUUACAAGCCGAGAGCAUUACUGUUCAGAGCAACAAUCGUGCUUUAAUGCAAACAAUGGGCUCUAACUUUUAA